CUCUGAUCAGUAGCUUCGUUUCUCCCUCGUUGCCGGUUGCCCAGUCCAAAACACACAAGCAAACCUAUCCAUUGUUAUCGCCGCCACUGAAAAAGUUGUCAAAUAAAAGCAAUUUGAGCUAAUGGAUCCUCAAUCUCUAUCGUCUAACGUGUCAACUUCUCACAAAAUCUCAUCUGAUGGAUUGAAAUAUAAGAAAUGUGAUUUUCCGAAAGAAGAGAAUAGGUUGUUGGAUUCAGUUCGCGCAAGAGAGGAGAAUCCAUUUGAUAUUGUUCGUGUUUUUUAUGAAAGUAUCAUAGCUGGAGCUACUGCUGGUGUUGUAGUGGAAGCAGCUCUGUACCCAAUUGAUACAAUAAAAACUCGACUCCAGGCAGUCCGUGGCGGAGGAAAAGUUAUUUUAAAGGGUCUUUAUUCUGGAUUGGGUGGAAACCUUGCUGGCGUUUUGCCGGCUUCCGCUAUAUUUCUUGGUGUAUAUGAACCUGCAAAGCAGAAAUUGUUAAAAACCUUUCCUGAAAACCUGAGUGCUUUUGCUCAUUUGACUGCAGGUGCUCUUGGAGGUGCUGCUUCUUCUCUUGUUCGAGUUCCAACAGAGGUUGUUAAGCAAAGGAUGCAAACUGGGCAAUUUGCUUCUGCCCCUGCUGCUGUACGUCUUAUUGUUGCCGAAGAGGGAUUUAGAGGCCUAUAUGCGGGAUAUGGAUCCUUCUUAUUGAGGGAUUUGCCGUUUGAUGCAGUCCAGUUUUGCAUCUAUGAACAACUCCGGAUAGGGUAUAAGUUGGCGGCACAAAGAGACCUGAAUGAUCCUGAGAAUGCCAUAAUUGGUGCUUUUGCUGGUGCAAUAACUGGAGCUGUGACGACCCCUCUUGAUGUUAUAAAAACUCGAUUAAUGGUCCAGGGAUCAUCAAAGCAGUAUAAAGGGAUUCUUGAUUGUGUAAGGACUAUAAUGCAAGAAGAAGGAAAGCAUGCAUUUUUUAAGGGUAUGGGACCAAGGGUAUUGUGGAUAGGGAUUGGUGGUUCUAUUUUCUUCGGUGUUCUUGAAAAAACGAAGGAAAUGCUGGCCAAAAAGCGCCCGGAAAAUCAGAAGCCGUUUUAACUCUAGCGAUAUAACUUCGUCUGAUGGAUAUGCAUCAUUUUUGUGUUGCCUAGGUGACUGCUAUAGUAUGUUGAUAAAUUUGUCCAAAUUUUUAAUCUUUUACUUUAUAGAAUGCUCCACUUAAUUUUUUUUU